CACUUUAAGCACACAUAACCGAUAAUAGAGCAAUUUGUAUUGAAAAAGUGAAUACAAAUUCAAGAAAGUACUCAUUGGGGAAUACAAAAGACCGAACUUCUUAUUUUAGAGUGCGCUCUGAAGCCUUUUGUGUGAGCUCAUGCACGAUCGAAUAGAGAACAAGUCUUCCUGGCAAGAAUUAACAGUGAUCAUCAACUAAAUUGACAACCAUCUGUUUCACUACGACACACACCAUAACCACAUCAUAUCAAUAUGGGCGAUUCAGUUGUUUACAGGGGAGAGUUAUCAGGCCACAAAGGCUGGGUUACAGCAAUUGCAACUUCAGGUGAAAACCCAGAUUUGCUUUUGACAGCUUCUCGUGAUAAAACUUUGAUCGUUUGGCAAUUAACCCGUGAUGAACAAUACGGUUUCCCAAAAAAGAUCUUGCACGGACACAACCACUUCGUCAGUGAUGUCACAGUUUCAAGCGAUGGUCAAUUCGCACUUUCAGCUUCUUGGGAUAAGACUUUACGUUUGUGGGAUUUGAACACAGGUACAACCGCAAGAAGAUUUGUCGGUCACACCGGUGAUGUUUUGUCAGUAAGCUUCUCAGCUGAUAACCGUCAAAUCGUCAGUGGAUCUCGUGACCGCACAAUCAAAUUGUGGAACACUUUGGGUGAAUGCAAAUUCAACAUCCAAGAAGAUGGUCACUCUGAAUGGGUCAGCUGCGUUCGCUUCAGCCCUAACCCAAGCAACCCAGUCAUCGUCUCUGCCGGAUGGGACAAGGUUGUCAAGGUUUGGGAAUUGUCUAAGUGCAAGCUCAAGACAAACCACUAUGGUCACACCGGUUACAUCAACACUGUUACCGUUUCACCCGAUGGAUCUUUGUGCGCUUCAGGUGGUAAGGAUGGUAUCACCAUGUUGUGGGAAUUGACUGACGGCAAGCACUUGUACUCUCUUGAGGCCGGAGAUGUCGUUAACGCUUUGGUUUUCAGCCCAACCCGUUACUGGUUGUGCGCUGCUACCGCAAGCUGCAUCAAAAUCUUCGAUUUGGAAAGCAAAUCAAUCGUCGAAGACAUCAAGCCCGAAUUCACCAACGUCGGCAAAGAUUCUCCUGACCCAGAAUGCUUGUCUUUGGCAUGGUCUGCUGACGGUGCUACUUUGUUCGCUGGUUACAGUGACAACAAGGUUCGCGUUUUCACCGUUGGUUAAACGUGAUUGGUAAAUUCUUGUUUGUACGUCUUUUAUACUAUUCCAUCAUGCACUCUACCAUCACUACCGUUCUCAUUGUGUCAAAAUAGCAGCCAUGUUUCACCAUUAUCGACUUUUAAAAUGAAUACCUCUAUUUGAGGGUAUGCUCUAUGAA